CAACAGUGAACCCGCCGUGGCGUCCUAAGACAGUGGGACAGGUCUGCGGUCGUCCAGCUGAUACUUGAAAAUGUCCCUCCCUCGCCAGCUAAGGGAUGAAAGUGACUUUGAGCAGCUUCCAGAAGACGUUGCUGUGUCUGCCCAUAUUGCUGAUAUAGAGGAGAGAAGUGGUUUCUCAGUGUACUACACUUUUGUGAUCGAGGUCAAAACAAAAGGUGGAUCUAAGUAUUUUAUAUACAGGAGAUAUAGCCAGUUCUUCACUCUGCACGCAAAGCUGGAAAACAAUUAUGGACCUGAGAAUGGCAUGGCACCUUAUAUUUGCACCUUUCCACCAUUACCACAAAAGAUUUAUGUUGGGAACAAAAAGGAAAUUGCUGAGAGCCGCAUAACUCUCUUGAGUGCCUAUAUAAAGGCGCUUCUGAAUUUACCUACCUGGAUUCUAUUAGAUGAAGACCUUCGUUUGUUCUUCCACCAAACAGCAGAUGACAGUGUGAGAAUACCUCGAGCCUUGCGCAGGUUACGUCCACCUACCCGAAAAAUUAAGAAGAACUCCCAGCACAUUUCAGAUAUGGAGCGACCCCGGGCGGAGGCUGUCUUUGACUUUAAGGGAAACGCUGACCAAGAACUUAGCUUUAAGUCUGGAGAUCUCAUAUAUCUUUUAAGUCGAGUCAACAAGAACUGGCUGGAGGGAUCUACUCCCGAUGGAAUAGGAAUAUUUCCCCAGUCCUUUGUGAGAAUUAUCAAGGAUCUUCCUGUGGAAAAAUUUCCUGUCAGCUGGCUGCGAUGUUAUUUCCAUGAUUAUGAUGUGUGCGCAAUCAGAGAUAUCCCUCUAGAAGAGGAUGUGAAGAAACGACCGCCAUACAAUGAACUGCUAGAAUUAAUGAGAAAUCAGUUCCCUGAUGUUGACCUGGCCUUGAAUAUGAAGGACUCCCAUGGUGAUCUGAUUCGCCUGGUGGACAACAGUGACAUGGAACUUCUUGUUACAAAGGGAAAAAGAAAAUCGCAUCUAGAGAACUUCUUCCCCUGGGAAUUGCAUAUCACACGAAGCGAUGACCUGGACGUGUAUAGAAACGUGGAAUGAGGAGGAAAUCAGCUGCUGGAGAUGUUAGAAAUUGUAGGAAAAAUGUUGAACCCCUGUCUCUGUGCAGCCUUGAGUUUCUCUAGUAGAAGGAUCUGAAUUCACUCUGUUCCGUCAGGCAGCUCAGCUGAAUGGCUCCUUGUCACUGAUCUCUGACCUUCUAAACACUCAAUAUAGCUUAAUUGUUAUCUUACUGAUAGGAAUGUGGCUUAAAUAAGCAUUUAUGACUUUUGGUAAAGUGAAAGUUAAAACUACCAUUCAUACAGCUAGAAAAACUGUUAACUCUUUUUGACAGAACAACUCAAUAUUUUUAAUAGAGACCAAUUAAAACAAUGUUUUGUUUUACCCCAAAAUUAGUAAAAUGCAAUCAUAAAAAAAAAUUGCCCCCAAAGGUGUACAUAGUCUUUAAAGUGGUUCUUUAGGGGCAGUGGCACGCCUAAGGUGUUUGGCACCCAGGGCGGGUCAUUUCUCUGGCACCCCCCCAAUACUUAAAAACAUUGUGCACCCUCACAGUAGUAUUACCCUCAUUGUACAACCCUUCACAGUAGGUAUGUCCAGAUAUGUGCCCCCUUAUAAUUUCCAUAUUGUGCCCCCUCACGGUAGUUAUACCCAUAUUGUACCCCCUCACGGUAGUUAUGGCCACACUGUACCCCCUCACAGUAUUUAUGCUCUUAUUAUACAACAUUUACAGUUGUUUUGCCUACACUGUGCCCCCUUAAAAUACUUAUCCCUUCAUUGUGCACCCUUUCACAGUAGUUAUGCCUUCUCUGUGACCCUUUCACAGUAGUUAUGCCCUAUCUGUGCCCUCAUAACAGUUAUGACCCUUUACAGUAGUAUGCCCUCUGUGCCCCCUUAACAGUAGUAAUACCCUCUGUGCCCCUUCAUAGUAGUAAUGCUCUCUAUGCCCCCUUUACAAUAGUAAUGCCUAUUGUGCCCCUUCAUAGUAGUAAUACCCACUCUG